AUGAAGUUCCUGGAAGUCGAGGAGAGGCAAAUUUCGUGUGGAAAUGCAGGCUCUGCGGGCAUCACCGCUGGGCCAAUGGCAUUUGAUGAGUCGAAGGGCUUCGAUGGAAAAGGCCAGAAGAUCAUCGAGUUUGACUGCCGUGGCCUAGAAUUUACCGAAUUCAAGGCAGAUGGGAAAUGGGAGGCCACAGGUACAGAGUCUGGAACCAAGUUUAGCGACAUUAGCCUGGAGGAGAAUGAAUGGUACGAUUUCGACGAGAAGCAGGGUGAGGAGGUCAACAUCACGGAAAAUCAUCCCAAAAGAAAACUCAAAGUCGCGAAAGUUGAAGCUCGAAAGGAAAAGAAAGCAAAUUCUAAGACGACGACGAGCAGCAGCAGCAGCAGUAGCAGCAGCAGGAAGAAGAGGAAGAUUGAGCGCUGGCUAACAGGGUAUACGUUGCUUGCUGUCGCGGGCUGUGAUUACGGUCUUGUGAAGGGAAGAAGUGCUUAA